AUGAGCACCAUGCAUCUGCUGACGCUCGCCCUGCUGUUCUCCUGCUCCUUCGCCCGCGCCGCCUGCGACCCCAAGAUCGUCAACAUCGGCGCGGUGCUGAGCACGCGGAAGCACGAGCAGAUGUUCCGCGAGGCCGUGAGCCAGGCCAACAAGCGCCACGGCUCCUGGAAGAUCCAGCUCAACGCCACCUCGGUCACGCACAAGCCCAACGCCAUCCAGAUGGCCCUGUCGGUGUGCGAGGACCUCAUCUCCAGCCAGGUCUACGCCAUCCUGGUUAGCCACCCACCCACCCCCAACGACCACUUCACCCCCACCCCCGUCUCGUACACAGCUGGCUUCUACAGAAUCCCUGUGCUGGGACUGACCACCCGCAUGUCCAUCUACUCCGACAAGAGCAUCCACCUGAGCUUCCUGCGCACGGUGCCGCCGUACUCGCACCAGUCCAGUGUGUGGUUCGAGAUGAUGCGGGUGUACAGCUGGAGCCACGUGAUCCUGCUGGUGAGCGACGACCACGAGGGCCGCGCGGCGCAGAAGCGCCUGGAGACGCUGCUGGAGGAGCGCGAGUCCAAGAGUAAAAAAAGGAACUAUGAAAACCUCGACCAACUGUCCUAUGACCACAAGCGCGGACCCAAGGCAGAGAAGGUGCUGCAGUUCGACCCGGGGACCAAGAACGUGACGGCGCUGCUGAUGGAGGCGCGCGAGCUGGAGGCCAGGGUCAUCAUCCUCUCGGCCAGCGAGGACGAUGCGGCCACCGUGUACCGCGCAGCCGCGAUGCUCAACAUGACCGGCUCGGGGUACGUGUGGCUGGUGGGGGAGCGCGAGAUCUCGGGGAACGCCCUGCGCUACGCCCCCGACGGCAUCAUCGGGCUGCAGCUCAUCAACGGGAAGAACGAGUCCGCGCACAUCAGCGACGCCGUGGGCGUGGUGGCGCAGGCGGUGCACGAGCUGCUGGAGAAGGAGAACAUCACCGACCCGCCGCGCGGCUGUGUGGGCAACACCAACAUCUGGAAGACCGGGCCGCUCUUCAAGAGGGUCCUGAUGUCCUCCAAGUAUGCGGACGGCGUGACCGGCCGCGUGGAGUUCAACGAGGAUGGGGACCGCAAGUUCGCCAACUACAGCAUCAUGAACCUGCAGAAUCGCAAGCUGGUGCAAGUGGGCGUCUACAACGGCACCCACGUCAUCCCCAACGACAGGAAGAUCAUCUGGCCAGGAGGGGAGACGGAGAAGCCUCGAGGGUACCAGAUGUCCACCAGGCUGAAGAUCGUCACGAUCCACCAGGAGCCCUUCGUGUACGUGAAGCCCACGCUGAGCGACGGGACGUGCAAGGAGGAGUCCACGGUGAACGGCGACCCGGUCAAGAAGGUCAUCUGCACCGGGCCCAACGACACCUCGCCGGGCAGCCCGCGCCACACGGUGCCGCAGUGCUGCUACGGCUUCUGCGUCGACCUGCUCAUCAAGCUGGCGCGCACCAUGAACUUCACCUACGAGGUGCACCUGGUGGCCGACGGCAAGUUCGGCACGCAGGAGCGGGUCAACAACAGCAACAAGAAGGAGUGGAACGGCAUGAUGGGCGAGCUGCUGAGCGGGCAGGCCGACAUGAUCGUGGCGCCGCUGACCAUCAACAACGAGCGCGCCCAGUACAUCGAGUUCUCCAAGCCCUUCAAGUACCAGGGCCUGACGAUCCUGGUCAAGAAGGAGAUCCCGCGGAGCACGCUGGACUCGUUCAUGCAGCCGUUCCAGAGCACGCUGUGGCUGCUCGUGGGGCUGUCGGUGCACGUGGUGGCCGUCAUGCUGUACCUGCUGGACCGCUUCAGCCCCUUCGGCCGCUUCAAGGUGAACAGCGAGGAGGAGGAGGAGGACGCGCUGACCCUGUCCUCGGCCAUGUGGUUCUCCUGGGGCGUCUUGCUCAACUCGGGCAUCGGGGAAGGCGCCCCGCGCAGCUUCUCGGCGCGCAUCCUGGGCAUGGUGUGGGCCGGCUUCGCCAUGAUCAUCGUGGCCUCCUACACCGCCAACCUGGCGGCCUUCCUGGUGCUGGACCGGCCCGAGGAGCGCAUCACCGGCAUCAACGACCCGCGGCUGCGGAACCCGUCGGACAAGUUCAUCUACGCGACGGUGAAGCAGAGCUCGGUGGACAUCUACUUCCGGCGGCAGGUGGAGCUGAGCACCAUGUACCGGCACAUGGAGAAGCACAACUACGAGAGCGCGGCCGAGGCCAUCCAGGCCGUGAGGGACAACAAGCUGCACGCCUUCAUCUGGGACUCGGCGGUGCUGGAGUUCGAGGCGUCGCAGAAGUGUGACCUGGUGACCACGGGCGAGCUCUUCUUCCGCUCGGGCUUCGGCAUCGGCAUGCGCAAGGACAGCCCCUGGAAGCAGAACGUCUCGCUGUCCAUCCUCAAGUCCCACGAGAACGGCUUCAUGGAGGAUCUGGACAAGACGUGGGUGCGGUACCAGGAGUGUGACUCGCGCAGCAACGCCCCCGCGACCCUCACCUUCGAGAACAUGGCAGGGGUCUUCAUGCUGGUGGCCGGCGGCAUCGUGGCCGGCAUCUUCCUGAUCUUCAUCGAGAUCGCCUACAAGCGGCACAAGGACGCGCGGCGCAAGCAGAUGCAGCUGGCCUUCGCCGCCGUGAACGUGUGGCGGAAGAACCUGCAGCAGUACCACCCCUCUGAUAUCACGGGCCCGCUGAACCUCUCAGAUCCCUCGGUCAGCACCGUGGUGUGAGGCCCCCGGAGGCGCCCACCUGCCCAGUUAGCCCGGCCAAGGACACUGAUGGGUCCUGCUGCUCGGGAAAGCCUGAGGGAAGCCCACCCACCCCAGAGACUGCCCACCCUGGGCCUCCCGCGCGCCCGCCCGCCCCGCUGCUGCCUGGCGGGCAGCCCCUGCUGGAC